AUGGCAGCAUCAUUUGGCUUCUCAGCUGGGGAUUUUAUUGUAGUUGGACAGCUGGUUCAUCAAAUUGCGCGAGAGCUCCGCCAGGUUGGUAUUUUAUACCACAAAGACGAUCACUCAUCUGAUGCACACAGAAUGGCGAAGCUGCACCAGAGUAUCAACUUCUUCUCGUAGAACUUGACAUGCUUCAACGAGCCAUAGAGCAACUCCAAACUCUAUAGCCUGCCAAAAUUGACUUUUUGAGGCUCAAUGCCAUCCGAGCUGCCGCCUUGAGUUGUCAAAUUCCACUUCAAGCCUUCUUGAAGAAGAUCUCCAAGUUUGAUAAUUCGUUAGGAAUUGCGAAUGCGAGGAAUCUCAGAUUUCGAGGGCUACCAAGGCGUUUGCAGUGGAGUUUGGCAUACAGAGAUGAUGUUAAGGAAUUGAGGGGAAAGCUUGGGAGUUUCGUAGCGACAAUAAAUCUACUUCUUAUGACUCAGGCUGUGGCUUAUAUUACCGCAGCAGACGGCGAACGAGAAGAAACCAAAUGUGGCUUACUUGCGAAGAUUUUGGAGAAUAGGAGGAGGCUGGAGAAAGUGGAGGAUGCGGUCAGCGAAUCAUCAUCCAUGCAAGCAGAGAUGGGAAGCCGACUUCAGCAUCAAGAAGCAGCGUUACAGGAAGUAUUUCUUCGUACAGAGAUUACCUCCUCGGGACUUCAUGAUCUGACCACAGAAUCUUUCAUAGCCGCGAAGCAAAGACAAAAACUGUUGACCAUUGCUACCAACACACUAUUCCAAGCGACACUGGGCCUUUUGACUCUACGAGAUAUUGCAGUCCAAAUCAGAGAUCUUGUUUCCUCUUUCGCGAAGUUUACGAGUGACAUGCGAGAAUCAGUCGUAUUCAUGAUAAGCCAAUUUACUCGCAUUUUUCGCAUUCUCGAACGGCUGGAGACAAAGUUGGCAGAUAGAAUCUGUCCUCCAAUUGUGAGAUUUACCGAUGCUUUAGGGAUAGAUUUCGCCCUACCUUAUCAAGCAUGUCUACAAUGGGCUUCCUUUCAGAUGAUUCUAAGGGCAAUUUUCGAAGGCCGACCAGGGAAAUCCAGAGUGGAUAAGGGUAUGUUUCGGAUCAUCAAUACAAGGACUGGGAGGAUUGCAAACGAGCGAAGUUGGCACCAUGUUCCUAUUAGAGAAAACGACCAUAUCGAAAUGUCAGUUGUUUUCAAACGAUUACUUAUCGCCAACGCUUUCUGUCCAUUCUCGGGCUGUGAGAGCCCUGUGUGGCACUCGGGAGAUACUGAGAGUCGAUUAGUUUGUCAUGAAUGCGGUUGCUCAAUGAACUCUGAUUCCUUUGAAGAAAUCAAGGAUGAGGAAAAGAAUUAUUCGAGUACUGGCUUUCCGGACGUGACAAACGCCUCUUACAACCACACCAAGGAGCCUCAAGAAAAUUCACAGAAAGAUUCACACACUGGCAGUAUGACAGAAUCGACAGAUGCUGAAAGAGUAUAUAGGAUCUUCUGCAAGAUAACUCUGUCCCCGAUUCUUCCUGGAGACUUAGUUGAAGCAUACUUGGAUUCAUUAAACUCCGCUCAGCUCCUCGGCAACCUCACCUCUGUUCGACUGAGAUUAUUUCCAGACUUCGACAGAGAAAUAUUACUACUGAUUCAAAAUAUUGAAAACUCACUUGAUCGGUUUCGAGAAGUGAAAGAAUCCUUCCUUGUUCAUCAUGAGAAAGCUGAGAUAGGGAUGUCUUACUGCAUUCGUAUUGCUUGCUCUUAUCACAAGACCAUGCGAGAUAUGCGGCACCAUCUCGAUAAUGACCAUCCCCCACAACGGCAAUGGCUAUCAAUGAUUGAAAAUCUUCAUGGCCAAGGCGGAAUGACUUUGACGCAGCGAUUUCAGCUUUUUUGCGCCUUGUGGGAUCAGAUUGUUUUCUUGAUCGAUGAGUAUAAACAAUGCAGGAACUAUUGA